UGCCUCUCCUCCCCCCCCCCACCACCACCACCACCGCCGCCUGUAACUGACAGGCGGUUCAAGGUUUGUUCUUCUCCGGAGAAUGCUCAAUGAUCGAUGGGGAAUCAUGAACAGCUCACCGGAACUCGAAGACGGACAGCGGGGCAAGAAUCAGACAUUCUGUGAGUGUGUGCCCAACUCUUCUCAGCUCAAACAUCGCUGGUCAGACUCAGACACAGUCAGACAAACACCGCCCAAGAGGAUGAGUUGUAGCUAUCUGCUUUGUACCAUCCUGCUUUUCGUGGCCGUUCUGCUCGCAGUCACAGUGACGGGAACCAUUCUUCUCAUGAACCACUACCAGGCCCCGCCCAUGUCGGACGGCCCCCCUCAUAUUAGCACAAACCAGGACGAAGCCAAUGCGUUGGUGACAGUCGAGAGGGGUGAUGGAUCACGCAUCAAUAUCUUCAUCGACCCCAACUGCCCUGAUUAUAACAGUAAUUUCCUGCGGCUCGAAGGCGUGCAGACGUCUUUGCUGCAUUCGCUCACCGACCACGAUACGGAUCUCAAGUCCGUCAAAGGUCAGGAUCGAGCGCUAUUGGUCAACUUGGCAGAGGAAGUUGCUAAGCUGUCUGCCCACGCGGGACAGCUGAAGAUGGACUAUGAGUCUCUCAGAAGAGGACAAAGCAACCUGGGACAGGAUCUGAAUACACUGCAGACUGAACAGAGCAGACUUAUACAGCUGCUGUCCGAGAGCCAGAUUAACAUGGUGAAGGUUGUCAACUCUGUGAGCGAUGCUCUAAAUGCCAUGCAGAAGGAAACUGGAGGUUUGAAGGCCAGGGUGAAGGCUGACCUGCAGAGGGCGCCAGUCAGAGGAGUCCGUCUUAAAGGCUGUGCUAAUGGCCUAAUGUGUCUGAAAGCAUUUUACCACUUUACUUUUAAGGCCUUGAUGUGUCUGCUGGAGCCACAGGUGUGGAUUGUAAUGAACCUCAGUAUGGAGCAGACACUUGUCUACUGUGAUAUGAGCACGGACGGAGGUGGCUGGACGGUGAUUCAACGCAGAGAAGAUGGCUCUGUUAACUUUUUCCGUGACUGGGAAGCUUAUCGUGAAGGAUUUGGCAAGAUAACGGGAGAGCAUUGGCUUGCUUUGAUGAACUAUGACAGGCCCGUCACAGACUGUCAUCUUGGAGAGAUUGACGGCUUCACAGCUAGUGCAGGACAGCGCUGGCUAGCAGCGUCUCUCGCGCCCGCUGUGGCUGAGAAUGACUUUUCCCACGGCCUGCUCGUUUUUCUUCACAGGGUUCGGGUCCCCUUGGGCAAGCCCAGGACGGAACAGUCCUCCCUGGAGUGA